AUGACUUUUUGCUCAAGAUAUCUAAAAGGCUUCGAGACAAAGUUUAAUCGCCUUGAAAGAAAUUAUGAAGAUGACAAUAGAGAAUGUAAUGAAGCACAACUAUCUAUUUUCAGACAUAGUGGGCGGGCAUUGGGUGCUGCCACCACCCGCUACCUUGAUGAACGUGAGUGGUUGCAAGCUCAUAUUUAUGUUCUAAAGAACUGUGAUGAAGUGCAACCACACAUUGAGGACUACAAUGAAUUCGUGAGAGAACCCACAAAUCACUAUGAUGAUAAAGAUUGGGAUAAGAACUUUAUCGAGUGGUUCCAAGCUCUAGUUUAUCAGAGUUAUCGAGAAGAUGAUGACUUACUUUCACUAUCUCGUGGUCCAAGUAAGAUUGUUAAAUGUUUUACUGGAUUUGUCAUAAAUGGACAUCGAUUUCAUACAGAAAGUCGAGAUAAUUGUUUGUCAACUCAAAGUAGUGGGGUUGCAGUUGUUGGUGAUGCUGGUGAUGGUGGAGAUAUAGAUUAUUAUGGUGCUUUGGUUGAAGUUGUCGAAUUAGAGUAUCCUGGUAGAAGAAAGGUUGUUCUAUUUCGUUGUAAAUGGUGGGAUGUGCACGGCAAAGGAAAAGGGACCGCUUUGAAAGAAGACAAAUAUGGAUUUAUCAGUAUUAACUGCCGACACUUGCUAAAGACGAAUGACCACUUUAUACUUGCUGGCCAAGCAUCACAAGUUUUUUAUGUUGAGGAUAUUGCCAAUGAAGGUUGGCAUGUAGUUCUUAAAGCACAACCCCGUGAUUCCUAUGAUAUGCCACCAGAUACAGAUGAUUGUGGGAUAACAGACGAUGGAGUUGAAGCUUAUUUGCAAGAUGAAUCAUUUGAUGCUCAGGCUAUUGCAUCAACAUCAUUGGAAGAUGAUUAUAUCAAUUUGAGAAGGAGUGAUAUUGAUCCAAUUAUUGUAAAUUCGGUCUCAACUUCAAAAAAGAGGAAAAAGACUCAAGCAGAGAAUUAGAACGCUUUAAUUAAAGAAUAGAACACAAAUGAUAUUGUGUUAUUGAGAUAAAAUUUAAGUUGUAUCUUCACUAUAACUAUUCCUUUUUUAGACAUAUGAUGUUCUUUUCUUCAUAUUUUGGAUGUGGCUUUGACAUUGCAGCAAGUGCUUCUA